AUACACCUGGGGAGAUACAGGGCAGGGUGGCUGCCUUUGAGGAGAAGCAACAGGAGGAUGGUGCUGCUGCAGAGUGAUGGGGACUGGGUGGCUGGGGACCGGGACCAGAAACAGGACCAGGACCCAGACCCGGACCUGGUGGUGGCUGCUUCAGCCCUGUGGCCUCGUCGCUGCUUCACCUGGGAGGAGAUCGCGCAGCGCUCAGGUCGGGGUUCCCCACCCCAGGACCGGUGGUUGGUGAUCGACAGGAAGGUGUACGACAUCAGCCACUUCUACAGGAGGCACCCCGGGGGUGCCCGGCUCCUCGGCAGCCACGCUGGGCAGGAUGUCACGGAUGCAUUUGUAGCAUUCCAUGUUGACAAGCUGCUGGUGAACAAGUACUUGAAGUCACUGCUGAUCGGGGAGCUGGCACCAGAUCAACCCAGUAUUGAGCCCACUAAAAAUAAAAUGCUCGUAAAAGACUUCCGUGAAUUGCGUGCCAGUGUUGAGAAAAUGGGACUUCUGAAGCCAAAUAAACUCUUCUUCUUCUUGCACCUUGCUCACAUCCUCCUGUUGGAUACUGCUGCUUGGCUCGUUCUCUUCUACUUUGGAACAUCCUUAAUGCCCUUUAUUAUCUCUCUGGUGAUGCUGACCAUUUCUCAGGUCCAGGCUUCAUGGCUACAACAUGAUUUAGGACAUCUCUCAGUCUUCAGGAAGACAAAGUGGAACCACUUGCUGCAUAAGUUUGUCAUGUGCCACUUGAUUGGAGCAUCAGCCAAAUGGUGGACUCUCUUGCAUUCCCGACACCAUGCCAAACCCAACUGCUUCCAGAAAGAUCCUGAUAUUGAUAUGCACCCGUUCUUGUUUACUUUGGGGAAGAAAUUCUCUGUGGAGCUUGGAAUCAAAAAGAAAAAAUACAUGCCAUACAAUCACCAGCACAAAUACUUUUUCAUUACUCUGCCUCCGCUCCUGUUUCCCACCUACUUCCACUGCCACACAUUUUAUAUUGCAUACACAAAGAGGUACUGGGUGGACUUGGCCUGGAUGCUGACCUUCUAUAUCAGAUUCUUUUUUACCUAUGGAUCGUUAUUAGAAAUAAAGAGUCUCCUGGCAUAUUACUUUAUUUUCAGGAUGCUGGAGAGCAGCUGGUUUGUCUGGGUUUCACAGAUGAACCAUAUCCCAAUGGAUAUUUACUACGACAAGAAUUUGGACUGGGUGUCUACCCAGCUCCAGGCAACAUGUAAUGUUGAGCAGUCGCUGUUCAAUGACUGGUUUACUGGGCAUCUGAACUUUCAAAUUGAACAUCACCUAUUCCCCACAAUGCCAAGACACAACUACUGGAAGGUGGCUCCUCUUGUGAAGUCUUUGUGUGCCAAGCAUGGCAUUGAGUACCAAUGUAAGCCGUUGCUCACCGCCUUUGCAGACAUUGUGCACUCUUUGAAGAAUUCAGGAGAGCUGUGGCUUGAUGCCUACCUACACAAAUAGGAAGACAAAGUUUGAUGGUGCCACAUACAGCCUACUAUGUCUUUGCAUCCCCAGUAAGCUGAGGAGCAGGGACAACGAGGGACUCUAAGGAAGAAUAAAAUGGAUAAGAACCGAAGGAAGUGAUUCCAAUCGAUAUGAAGUUAUCUGAAUAUUUCUUUGUUCUUUCCUGAUAUUUUGGUUCAGAUAUGUUAAAAGUGAAUAGGGCCAGCAGGAGCUGAAUGGUUAGAUCAGGGAGAAACUUCUUGUUAAUAGUGUCUGAGUAAACAAGGCCAAGAAGCAGUUCUGAGCAUGUGUUCAGGUCAGAUCUAUGGACUGGUGUAGCUGCACACACAAGUUCAUGCCAGUCUCUUCAUGUGUAAUGUUUAACACCUAAUACAAUGUUUCCUUACUUGAAGUCAUUUGAAAUUGCACAGGAUUUUGAAUUAGCACGGUGUCCCAACAAUGCACUUACAUCAUAAUAAACUACAAAUUACACUUGGAGUAUAGCAGUUGUAAUAUGUAGUUGAAUAACAUCAGUGUUGCUCCUAUUAUUGUUCUCUAGAGUAUUCUCUUUGCCGUAACACUAGGCGUUCCCAGUUGCCAGGAAAAAACACAGUUCAAGCUCAAUUCUCUUUUCAAAAUUUCUUUAUUUCCUUUUUUUUAGCCUCCUGCUUAGGUACUCUUUGGAGCAUUCCUCACGUGUGUUUCUUUGAUCUGUUAUAUUUUACAAAACUGAUCCAAGCUCUUUGAUAAGUAAAAUGGCUAACUUUCUUUUGUAUUCCUUUUUGAAGGAUUUUUUUGAGGAAUUAUAGCACAGGGGGCAUUAGUAAGUAGUAAGAGCAGUGAAAGUCAGCUGCUAAUAUAAAAUAUUCAGAUUGGUUUAGUGUUUUCUGUCCAUGAGCUAUAUUUAUGGUUAUUAGCCAUAAAGAUAAAAAUAACAGUAUUAUUAUCCAGUAGCAUGUAUGAGUAAUAAAGUAAGAAGUAAUGCAACUGAA